AUGGAUCCGGAAAUGGAGUUGAUGUCUUCGAAAUCGGGGACGACAGUGAAGAAGUCUUUAGAGUUACCAGCAAAACGUGACUUUAUCGAUCAGGCCCGACAUGCUACGGUUGAUGAACAUGAGAUGACUCUUGGCCAAGCUUUCAAGAGAUACCCAAAAGCAAUAUUCUGGUCUAUUUUUCUCUCGACUGCUGUUAUUAUGGAAGGAUACGAUGCCGAUUUGAUAUAUAGUUUCUUUGGCCUGCCCUCCUUUGUGGAAAGAUAUGGUAGCCUUCAACCGGACGGCACACUCUCUGUUUCUGCACCAUGGCAAAGUGCGUUAGGGCAAGGGAUAAUGAUUGGACAAUUCUUCGGUUUAUUUGUGACUGGCUGGCUCACUGAUUCAUACGGAUUCAAAAAGACAAUCGGAGGAGCUUGUAUUGUUAUCUCUGCCUUCAUAUUUGUCCUCUUUUUCGCCCCUAAUAUUGGCACGCUGUUGGCAGGAGAAAUCCUUCUCGGGCUUCCUCUUGGUGUCUUCCUCACUUUAACAACCGUUUAUGCCACUGAGAUCUCUCCUCUCGCCCUGAGGCCAUAUCUCACAACCUACGUCAACAUCUGUUGGAGUAUUGGAAAGUUUUUGGCAAGUGCAGUUCUCAAGGGAUAUGUUAACGAUACAACCUCAUGGUCUUAUCGGGUUCCCUUUGCCGUUCAAUGGAUGUGGCCUCCCAUCAUUAUGAUCGCGGCUCUCUUCGCCCCGGAGUCUCCAUGGUGGCUCGUUCGCCAAGAUCGACCUGAGGAUGCCCGGCGCUCUCUUCAACGCCUUUCGACAAACGCCAGCGCAGAGGACCUGGACAACAUGCUAGCCGCGAUGGUUCUCACUAACCAGCAUGAAAAGACUGUUGAGAAUGGUACGUCGUACUUGGACUGCUUCAAAGGCUCUAAUUUACGACGAACCGAGAUUGCCUGCAUGGCACAAACCAUGCAACCGCUUGUUGGCUUUUCACUAGUAUUAUACUCAACUUAUUUCUUCCAACUUAAUGGCAUCAGUGCGAGUGAUGCUUUUAGUCUGAGUCUUGGUCAGAACGGCGUUGCCUUGGUCGCUGGAGUUGCAAUUUGGUUUCUCUUUUCCAGUGUCGGUCGUCGAACGAUAUAUCUAUGGGGCCUUGCAGGUUGUGUUGUAGUCGAAUUUACGAUUGGAGGACUUGGGGUUCCAGAACCGACAAAAGCCACGUCGUGGUCAACGGGGAGCCUGAUCCUAGUAUUCUAUGCUAUCUAUUCGCUCUCAAUUGGUCCUAUGUCCUACAUUCUCGGUUUCGAGGUUUCAUCAACUCGUCUUCGCAGCAAGACGGCAGUUCUUGGUCGGAACGCUUAUCACCUUGGAUCAGUAUUCAAUAACACGCUGACAACGUACAUGAUAAAUUCAACGGCGUGGAAUUGGCGUGGCAAGACAGCAUUUUUUUGGGGAGGAUUUUCCCUUCUUCUCUGGGUUUGGGUCUAUUUCCGAUUGCCAGAGGUCAAGGAUCGGUCAUUUGCAGAAUUGGAUAUAUUAUUUGAGUCUGGAGUCUCCGCCAGGGAUUUCAAGAAGACGUCUGUGGAAGCAUUUGCUGAAGACAAUCAUGUAUAG